CUUGUGGACGCGCUCACAUCGCGGCGCACGGUCCACCCGAUAGCCACGUUCUCCGCUCCGCGUCACCUCUCCCUCAGGAUUCCAGCCGUCCGCCCGCUCGUUUUCUCCUUUCCGCCGAGUUUCCCACCUUUUUUUUUACCCAACGUUCCCCGGAAUCGGAAUGGCAGGCGGUCGCGUCCGCACGACCCCGGGAUCCGUUCCGCGCGAUAAUCUCGCGUGAAAUCGCGUCACAUGUCGUUGAGAUCGCGGCGCGAGUGAUUAUUAAGCUUGACGUCGAGAACGUCGGCCGUUUUAUAAUAUCGACGGACACUUUUUUUUUCAUCCACUGAUUCUGGUGACACGGUGAUACCGAUCAGGAUGUCGUUCUUCAGGGGGUUGUGGAAGAGCAGCUCGAAACACAAGAAAUUGUGCGAGGAAUGGGCACUAGCGACUAGUCACGAAUGCGUGGAGGGCGGCGGUUCCGGUGGCGGUACAACGCAGGAAGAGCCGGAGGACGUAUCCGAGGCCAAGUUCACUCUGAAAUAUUUGGGCAGCACUCUCGUCGAGACACCCUCGAGCGAAGAGGCAACCGCAGAGGCUAUCAAGACCGUCAUUACGAUGGCAAAAGCGAGUGGCAAGAAGCUGCAAAGAGUAUCUUUAGCCGUGAGCCUGAAGGGUAUCAGGAUGACGGACAUCGCCACGGAGGAGGAUCAACUCAAAGUGUCCAUAUACAGAAUCUCUUAUUGCUCCGCGGACGCGACUCACGACCACGUGUUCGCGUUCAUCGCGACGAAUUUGAACGAGACGAUGGAGUGUCACGCGUUCCUUUGCCCGAAGAGAAAAACGGCGCAAACAGUGACGCUGACGGUGGCCCAGGCGUUUAACACGGCUUACGAGGCUUGGCAAUUGUCCCAGGCCGAUCCCAGGAUGCAUCACGCCCAGGACAAAAGUCCCUCGUUAAACGACUAUGGAAACGAAAACAGCGAGAAGAAGGUACCGGAGAAAGAUGCGAAAACAGUGGGCAAAGUGAACGAGCAAAAUAAAGAGGAUCAACGAUCUAACCAACAGAAAAAUUUGUUGAUCGAUUUAUCGAACGAGACUAAACAAGUCGGAAACUCAUGGGUCUGCUUCGAAGAGGAGGAUGGUAAGAAGGAGCAGAAAAAAUCUAAUGCCACCAAUAUUCCGAUGACGACGCUGAGGCACGGCGCGACGUCGACCUCACGACACGUAGUCCCGAGAUCGUCGACGGGUUUCAAGAUCCAGAACGCUUGGGGCGAGUCGAGAUCGGUGGAUUUGAUGUGCUCGUAGCAGGCGUAGCCCGCGGCCGAUAGCUUCCGCGACGUGCCGUUAAUCACCGGCCUCUGGAAGCACCUCUCGAACAACGGUCAACCGAGCAAGAUCAACAAAUAGGCUAAUUGUAUUAUCGACGAACUCCAAUCAACGUGCACCCGAAUAGCAAUCAAUGGCCCGAUUGAAAGGACUGCAGUGAUAUCAGUUUAGUGACAAUUAACUGUCUCUUGGAACCGAUAGUAUUGACUAGGCUUUUCAGAUACUCCAAUGGUUACAGUGGCUCGCCUGUACACAUUUGUAAACGCUGUAAGGUAGCUGAGAAUUAUACUGGAUAAUAAUCAUUCGACGUGAGAUCGGUUUUCACGAAGAUGAGAAUAAUAGCUAAACAGGCAUCACUGUAUUUCUCGAUCGCUUAUGAAUCCAUUACAUCCAACUAAUUUCCCAUGACCAUUCCUUUCUACGUACAAGACUUUGUCGAAUACGCUUACCCAUAUUUUGCAGAUAUUAUAUUACGGAGUCGACGAUAGGAUAACCGGUGUGAUACAUGUAUAUGGUGAUUUUAUUCGCAAAUUUCUCGCAUCUUAGGACGGUGCUCGGAAGAACUGAUUCGGCAGAGGAGUGAAUUUCAGUUUCAGACGAUCACGCGAAGUGGGAACAAUUUUUGAAAUCGUUUUUUGUAUAACGCGAGUGUACAUCCGUGCCAAUUCUUCCAAACAUAUCGUAUACAAAUUUCGUAUUACUAUAUCGGGCUCGUGCGCCCCUGUUCAAUUUCCUUUUUUACAUACUCUAACGUUGGUGAUGAACAAAAUCAUUUUCAAAGAACGGUUCGUCCAAUUGUUCACAUCAAACAAAAACUUAUGUACAUGACAAUUUAUUAUUUAAUCCUGUUUUCGUUACUAAAUAGCUGAGCUAUUUUACUUGUUUUCGGCUGUUCUUAAAUUCGAUUCCUAACGGAAAAAAGUAUCUGCGAAGCGUAGGAUUGUGAUUAUAUCGUAGCGUAAACGUGUACCACGCACUUUCGAUGCUAUCUCUUCUUAGUAAGCGAAUUAUUUUAUCCCUGCAUAUUACUAGAUAAUGUUCGUGAGAUGAUCUUAAUCAAAUCGAUUAGAUAGCGUAAUUUAAUGUUAGGAAUGUAUGCAUUUAACCCGUUCGACGUCAACAUUUGCAUAGAAUUUGAACGAAGUUUGGGUUAUACGUGAAGAAUAUACGUGUUCCACUAUUUACAUAUAUUUUACAUCGUUACUGUUAUUCUCUCAUUAUCAUUAUAUCGAAAGUUGUUUAAACAAAUUGUUUUUCGUAUUCUGAUUUCCCAUAUUUUCUAUUAGGAACGAAUGAAGAAUUAUGUCAAUCGCUGUGAAUCAUUUAGCACCUACGACGUAUAUUAUACAUAAUGCGUACAAAGAAUAGCGAAGAAUUCUGGGAAAUAAAAUAUCGCCCUCGACUGUAGUUAUUUUCGUAGGACGCUCAAUAGGAGGAUAGGAAGUUGAACGAUGCUGUACAAUCAAAAAUACUCUCUAGAUAGAACAUACACACAUAUACGUAUAUCUGUGAAUUGAUGUUAAAGGCGGUCAAUCGUUUCUUCUCAAACCAAAAUUCGUUUUCGUGAACAUUCGCGAACUCUGAUUGCCCUAAGUUGGAAACGAGUUAAAAAUCAUACGAACAACUAAUUCGUUUGUGAGAGUCAACGAUAAUUUUGUAUAGACGUGUUACGAUCGGCGAUGCAUUAUCGUGAAACGGUUUUGCUUAAGUAUCGUUAAGUGUUAGGAUGUAACGAAGUACACGUAAAAUACACUGCUACAUAUCUA